AAGAGUCGCGUUUAAGCCGUCUAAUGACUAAAUUUGAUACAUGGUUCGAUAUCAGGUUAGACGAGUAACAACGAAGAGGAUUUACGCGAGAGUGUAGCCACUGUUAGUCCUAUCAGCUUUUUCUGAACUUCACCAAAAGCUUAAUAUUACGAGAGGUGAUAGCAAGAGGUGUCUUGCGUCGCCAUCGGCCAUUGUCUUGGACAUGGAAGCCUCUCAAAAUGGCAAAAUUAGUGCAGAUGUUUCUGUUUCUAAAUAAAUCAAAGUAUCGUCGAAAAAAUCGACUUGGUCAUGAUAGAGUGGUGUUUGAUUUUCCGUGUAUGUUAUUAUGGACAGCAGUACUUUGGUCUCUAGUGUUAUGGAGUACAACAAUAGCAUCAUCGUCUACAGAAGCUACAUGCGACGUGAACAAUUGUGUCAAUGGUAAUUGUGUCAACGGUAGCUGUAUCUGUCGCGAUGGAUGGCAAGGAUCUGCAUGUCAAUAUUGCAGUGGGAAAGUUAGAUUAACAGAGCCAUCAGGAAGCAUUCACGAUGGAGCAGAAAAUUAUACAACAGAUGUAAAGUGUUCAUGGUUGAUAGAGAGUAGUCCAAAUACUUCGAUUCGUAUGCACAUAGAAGAAUUUGCCACAGAAUGUGGCUGGGAUCAUUUGUAUAUAUAUGAUGGAGAUAGUGUUGAAGCACCACUCCUUGGUGUUUUCACCGGAUUGAUGCACAAGGAUGGUUACCACAUCCGACGAGUUCCGGAAGUCAUCGCACGUUCUGGCAGUGUCUUCCUUCAUUUCUAUUCCGACGUCGCAUAUAAUAUGAGUGGCUUUAACAUCACUUAUAAAACUAAUGCGUGUCCUAGCAGGUAUUCACACAUCGAAUGUUCCGGAAAUGGUGUAUGCAUCGAAGGAGUAUGCACGUGCGAUGCAACGUGGACUGGUGAAGCUUGUGAUGCAUCAGUAUGCCCCAACAAUUGUACCUAUCAUCAUAAUCAAGGUGAAUGCAAUCGUGAGAAGCACCACUGCGAUUGUGCACCCGGAUUUAAAGGUGCCGACUGUAGUCAAAGAAUUGAACGUGGUUACUGGGAAACGAUAACUUAUAAUGAUUUUUCACCGAUUGGCUCAUCAAGUCAUUGUGCAAUUGUAUGGCGAGAUUCUCUUUACAUUGUAGGUGGUGAAAGUUUUCACAAAUCUAAAAUGAUUUAUAUCUAUGAUUUUAAUGGGAAUGUAUGGGAAACUCCGCAUAUUGAAGGAAUUCGUCCAUUACCACGAUAUGCACACUCAUGUGUGUUAUUUGGAGACAAGAUCUACAUGUACGGAGGCGUAAUUGACAACUCAACAGUCACUAAUGAACUUUGGGCCUUUGACAUUUCAGCUAAAAUAUGGGAAAAUGUAACAGUACGACAUAAUUGUAAUAAUAAAACAAUGUGUGGGCCAUUGAAAGUUGCUGGUCAUUCUGCUACAUUGGUCCACAGUCAGGAUAAAGGUGAAAAAAUGGUCGUUAUUUUUGGCCAUUCACCUCAAUAUGGAUAUUUAAAUUCUGUUCAAGAGUAUUAUUUUGGAACACGAGAAUGGAAAAUAGUUGAAACGAUUGGAUUUCCAGUGAAAGGUGGUUAUGGGCAUAGUGCUGCUCUUGAUUCCUUGACAAAUUUAAUUUACGUUUAUGGCGGUUGUGUAUCUGAAUCUCAAAGUGCCCAAAGUUUAACAAAUCGAAUUUAUUCAUAUCAUCCAAAUUUGCGUGUGUGGAGACUUUUAACUGCAGCACCGUCAGCACGAUUUUUCCAUACUGGAGUUUUUAUUUCGGGUGGAUUAAUGUUAGUCUUCGGAGGUAACACGCACAAUGACACAGUUCACUCUCACGGUGCAAGGUGUUAUUCUUUUGAUACAAUUGCCUAUGACAUAACUUGUGACUCUUGGCAUCAAUUUCCAAUGCCACGUGAAUUAUCAGAUUUGCCACGAUACGGCCAUAGUGCCACCGUAUUUGAUAAUUCAAUGUAUAUUUAUGGUGGAUUCGAUGGACAAAUGCUCUCUGAUAUGUUGAAAUAUACGCCAGGAAAUUGUGGUCAUCUGACAACCCAAAAUCCAUGUCUCAUUUCCAGAACAGGAACUAAAUGUAUUUGGGAUAAACGGGAAAACACUUGCUUACAAAUUACUCAAAUAUCCAAUAAUGUCCUACAGACUGAUAAUAUACAUGACGGAAGAUAUAUGCAGUGCAUUGAUGAUACUCAACCAAGAGGGAUGACUUCGCAUAAAGAAUUAUGUAAAUUACUUACUGACUGUGCUGCAUGUGUACAGACUUCUUAUAACUGUGUCUGGUGCGGAAAGAGCUGUGCUUAUGAAAUGUGCCGACGUACUGCAAAUGCACCACCAAUAGCAGGUAUAACAGAAUUAGAGCAAUGUGAUUUACACUCAGGCAUUGAAUGUUUUCAACUUCACACAUGUCAAGCAUGCUCCGCUAAUCCUUAUUGCACAUGGUCUUGGACUAACGGUCCAGAUCACUGCAAGCCUAUCACUAAAGUACGUGACAUUACAAUAAUGAAUGGUACGAUUCAGGCUCAAGCUCAGAGAUUAUCACUGGACACUUGUAGAAGUCCAUGUGUUGAAUAUACAGCUUGUAGAAAUUGCACUGAGUCGGAGUGCAUUUGGUGUCAAAAUGAGAGGAAAUGCGUUGAUAAAAAUGCAUAUCCAGUUAGUUUUCCUUAUGGCCAAUGCAGGGAAUGGACAACGAGUGAAUCAAGAUGCCGAGCUACAGAAACGGGAAGAGAAUGGUGUAGUUUUUAUUCAUCAUGUUUGAGCUGUCGAUCAGAUCCUGGUUGUGGAUGGUGUGAUGACGGAUCUAAAACAGGAAAAGGGAAAUGUAUGCCAGGUGGUGCAAAAGGUCCCAAACAAAACAUUGAUGACACUUGUCCGUAUGAACGUUGGUUUUUUACCAAAUGCCCUAAUUGCCAAUGUAAUGGUCACAGCACAUGCUAUCCUAAUACGACUGACUGUAUUAAACCCUGCGGAAAUUUAACCCGAGGAGCACACUGUGAUAAAUGUAUGCCUGGAUAUUAUGGAAGUCCACUUAACGGAGCUACUUGUCAGCCUUGUUCAUGCAAUGAUCAGGGUACUGAGUGUGUUAGUGAUACUGGUAAAUGUUUUUGUACUACCAAAGGAAUAAUUGGAGAUCAUUGUGAGCGGUGUGAUGUCUCUAGUCUUUACCAUGGGGAUCCUACUAAAGGAUCGUGUUUCUAUGAUCUAGUAAUAGACUAUCAAUUCACAUUUAAUUUAAGUAAAAAAGAAGAUCGUCAUUAUAGAGCCAUUAACUUUAAAAAUUCUCCCUCGAAGCCAGACGUUGAUGCUGAAUUUUCCAUAACAUGUUCAGUUCUUGCGAAAAUGAACAUUACCAUUAAAAAGACCAACAGCCCUGAGAAACCAUAUCUCCUUGGUGCCAACUGUACAACUUACAAACAGCGUUUUAGUAAAGCUGAAUACAGUUUUGGGAGUGAAGAUAAUAACACUCUAACAACUUUUUAUGUUUAUGUUUAUGAUUUUCAACCACCGUUAUGGAUACAAAUAUCAUUUUCACAAUAUUCUAAAUUAAACCUGCAACAAUUUUUCAUCACAUUUUCUACAGAUUACAUGACACCGCACAGGUGCUUCCUUGCUUUAUUAUUGGUGGCUGCUGUACUCUGGAAAAUCAAACAAAAAUACGAUAUGUAUCGAAGAAGACAAAGACUUUUUGUUGAGAUGCAACAGAUGGCCAGUCGUGCUUUCAGCCAAGUUCUUGUGGAAAUCGAGAGGCGAGAUUUAUCAGCAGAAAAUGAACGGAAUGAAUUGGACACUAAUAGUAGCAGUCAAAAAAAGAAAAAGGAUGCACCCAGCCCUAUUGCUUUAGAGCCUUGCAGUGGUAACAGAGCUGCAGUUUUAUCUUUACUAGUCAGACUACCAACUGGUGGUGAAAGUUAUACACCGGCAGGCCAAAGUGCCGGAUUAGCUGUAGCAUCAGCUCUAGUCACAUUGGGUAGCCCAAGAAGACCUUCACAAGAAUUGUCUACAAAAGAACCCAAAAAAACGCGAAAAUCUGCCAAUCAGCAUCCAGACUCUACUUGCAUUUAACGAAUAAUUUCACAGGUAAUCAUCAAAUUACUUUAUAAUAUUAAAAAAUUUAGAAGUUCACAGGAAAUUAUUUUUUAUUCGAGACUAAUUGUCUCUGGGCUGAUUUUUUCCUCAAACAUACUCGACAUUUUUUAUACUUUUAUUUUGACUUUGUUAAUUUAUGCAUAAUUUCAUUUGAACCUACAUUAACUAUGUAGAAUUAAGAGCUUCCGAGCUAUUAUGAUAGGAGUACACCAUCUCAUUUCAUUAUUAUUUUUUUUAUUCUUAUUAAUUAUUGAUAAUGAAAAUCAAUAAUAUUUGUUUUUUAUUAAAUUUUAUUCUUCGACUGCCUUAUUAAGUCUUCGAUCGUGAAAGUUAUACAUUAGAUAGCCAGAUACUGUAUCUUUUUUUACUGUAAAAAAUUUUAAUUGUGAACAUUUGAAAUUAAUUUGUUCAUAAAAUUUAAAUUUUUUUAUAUCUAUUGAUAAUUGUAAUGCUUACAAAUUGAUAUAUAACAUAAGGAUGGUAUGUUAAAUUUGACUAUGCUGAUCUGAACGGCUUGCCGUAAAAAUUAAUUUAAUACCAUAUGUAUAUCAAUAAAAAACUUGUAAAUAGGUAUUUUAAAUCAGUGUUAAAAUUAACUAUUUAUACUGAAUUGUUAAUUUGAUACAAAUCGAAUGUGAAAAAUGACAAGAAUGAAGAGAAUGUACAGUAGUAAAUUUAAUUGUUAGUAGUUAGUUGAAAUAACAAUAAUAUUCCUUUUUAGAUAACAAAUUUUUUUUCA